AUGGGGCCGCCGUCCAGCAAGAAGCGCAAGCUCCCCGCCGCAACGGGUCCCGAGCCGAAGCGAAGCAAGACCAAGAAGCCCGUCGCCGCCGCGAACAAGAAGGCCAAGUCUGGCCCCAAGAAGCCGUCCGGACGCAUAGUCGACGUCGCGUCGUUGGCCUGGGAGACGGUCGGCGAGGAGGACUUUGGCGGCCUCGAGGUCAUCACGGGCGUCGACGUGGUCAAGGAUGCGCAGGGCGUGCAGUUUGUUGUGAGCGACGACGCCAAGCCGAAGCCGAAGCAGGACAACACCGCCAAGGACGACGAGAGCGACAGCAACAAUGUCUCGGAGGACGAGUCUUUUGAAGGGUUUGGCGACGAGCCUGUGGAGGGCCAACAUAUCGAUACCAGCGAAGCUGGCCAUCAUCAAGACGACGCUGAGGACGCGCAACGCGGUCAAGCGGCUCAAGGCAAGGGUGCGAAGGACAAGGCCCAGCAGAAUAAGCAGCAGCAGCAACAGCAAGCCAAAGCAACGAAGAAGAAAGCAGCCGCGCACUCGGCUGAGGAUGCCCUACUACAAAAGCCCGCUGCGCACAAAACCCGGGGCGGCAACAGCCAGAAUGCGUUUGGGGCGCUCGAUGGCGCCAAAGAAGACGACGACGCAGGCGUCGACGUGGCGGCCUGGGUGGCUCUGAACCUGUCGCCGCGCAUCCUCUCCGCGAUCGCAAAACUAGGCUUUGCCAAGCCUACCGCGAUUCAAAGGCGUGCGAUCCCGCAGAUUGUCGCUGGAGAGGACGUCAUUGGCAAGGCGCAGACGGGUUCCGGAAAGACGUUGGCGUUCGGUAUUCCCAUCGUGGAGAAGUGGCUGGAAAAGUACGAGGGUGAAGACGAGGAGGGCAGCGCGCAGAAGAAGAAGAAGGCCCCCAUGGCGGUGGUGCUGAGUCCGACUCGAGAACUCGCCAAGCAGCUCGCCGAUCACCUCAAGGCGCUAUGCGACGGUCUUCCGUCGGCGCCAUACAUCUGCGUCGUGACCGGUGGCCUCAGCAUCCAGAAGCAGCAGCGCCAGCUUGAAAAGGCAGACAUCGUCAUCGGCACACCGGGCCGACUGUGGGAGGUCAUGGACGGCGACAUCAAACUCCAGGAUGCUCUCACGCAUAUUGACUUUCUCGUCGUCGACGAGGCGGAUCGACUCUUCAAGGUUGGCCAGUUCAAGGAGGCGGAGAACAUCAUCGGGGCUCUCGACAGGCAGGAUCCCGAGGGUGGUAGCUCCGAUCAAGACUCUGAGCAUGAGGAUGACGAGGACGAGCCGACGCAGAGGCAGACCCUCGUAUUCUCGGCCACGUUUGACAAGGACCUGCAGACCAAGCUGGCAGGCAAGGGCAAGAAGGCGUCCGCGUCGGGCAGCGACGAGGAGAAGAUGGCGUACCUGAUGAAGUGCCUCAAGUUCCGCGGCGAGCCCAAAUUCAUCGACGUCAACCCCGUGACCCAGAUGGCCGAGGGACUCAAGGAGGGCCUGAUUGAAUGCGGCGCCAUGGAAAAGGACCUCUUCCUCUACACCGUCCUGCUCCUCAACCCCGGCCGCCGCACUCUCGUCUUCACAAACUCCAUCUCGGCCGUCCGCCGCCUCACCCCCCUCCUGCAACAUCUCCAGCUGCCGCUCGUCCUCCCGCUGCACUCGCAGAUGGCCCAAAAGGCCCGCCUCCGCUCCCUCGAGCGCUUCGCCGCCCAGCGCAACGCCGUCCUCGUCGCCACCGACGUCGCCGCGCGCGGCCUCGACAUCCACGAGGUCGACCAGGUCGUCCACUACCACGUGCCCCGCGCCGCAGACACCUACAUCCACCGCUCCGGCCGCACCGCCCGCGGCGACCGCUCCGGCGUCAGCGUCAUCCUCUGCUCCCCCGACGAGGUCAUCCCCACGCGCCGCCUCGCCGCAAAGGUGCACGCCGAGCGCUCGUCCUCCGGCAAGGCCAGCAAGCAGCACAUCAUCCAGAUGCUCCCCGUCGAUCGCAAAAUCGCCUCGCGGCUCAAGCCCCGCAUCGACCUCGCCAAGCGCAUCGCCGACGCCGUGCUUGCCAAGGAAAAGGGCCACAGCGAGGACCAGUGGCUCCGCAACGCCGCCGACGAGCUCGGCGUCGAGUACGACUCGGAGGGCUUCGACGACCAGCAGAAUGCGCUCGGGCGCAGCGGCCGUGGCGGCGGGCGCAAGCGCAAGGAGAAGGAGGCGCGCGCGCUGAGCAAGGCCGAGAUGGGCGCGCUCAAGGCCCAGCUGAGGGAGGAGCUGUCGCGCAGGGUGAACUUGGGCGUGAGCGAGCGGUACAUUACCGGUGGGCGGGUCGACGUGGCGGCCCUCCUGAAGCAGAGAGAUACCAUGACGGGCGGCAUUUUCUUGGGCGGCGAAAACCUUGGUUUGGGCCUGUAG